ACACCACAGCCCACAUCAACAGGUGAAGAAACAACAGGGCCAGUUGGCAUUACUUCCAAUCCCACGACUUCAACAACAACGACAAAGGCACCCACCACAAAUGCAGAGGAAAUUACACCUACCACAGGUGGAACUACAACAGUUGAAGAAAAAACCACUGAGUCUAUUCCAUCUACAUCCACAAAGCCACCUAAAGAAUUCACCACUGGCCCAACAACCACUUCCACCACUGUAAUUGUUGAAACCUCUACCACAACACCACAGCCCACAUCAACAGGUGAAGAAACAACAGGACCAGUUGGCAUUACUUCCAAUCCCACGACUUCAACGACAACAACUGCGGAGGUAAUUACACCUACCACAGGUGGAACUACAACAGUUGAAGAAACCACAACGGAGACUAUUCCAUCUACAUCCACAAAGCCCCCUAAAGAAGUCACCACUGGCCCAACAACCACUUCCACCACUGUAAUUGUUGAAACCUCUACCUCAACACCACAGCCCACAUCAACAGGUGAAGAAACAACAGGGCCAGUUGGCAUUACUUCCAAUCCCACGACUUCAACAACAACGACAAAGGCACCCACCACAAAUGCAGAGGAAAUUACACCUACCACAGGUGGAACUACAACAGUUGAAGAAACAACAACGGAGUCUAUUCCAUCUACAUCCACAAAGCCACCUAAAGAAUUCACCACUGGCCCAACAACCACUUCCACCACUGUAAUUGUUGAAACCUCUACCUCAACACCACAGCCCACAUCAACAGGUGAAGAAACAACAGGGCCAGUUGGCAUUAGUUCCAAUCCCACGACUUCAACAACAACAACAAAGGCACCCACCACAAAUGCAGAGGUAUUUACACCUACCACAGGUGGAACUACAACAGUUGAAGAAAGCACAACGGAGUCUAUUCCAUCUACAUCCACAACGCCACCUAAAGAAUUCACCACUGGCCCAACAACCACAUCCACCACUGUAAUUGUUGAAACCUCUACCUCAACAUCCCAGUCCACAACAACAGGUGAAGAAACAACAGGGCCAGUUGGCAUUACUUCCAAUCCCACGACUUCAACGACAACUACUGCGGAGGUAAUUACAUAUACCUCAGGUGGAACUACAACAGUUGAAGAAACAACAACGGAGUCUAUUCCAUCUACAUCCACAAAGCCACCUAAAGAAUUCACCACUGGCCCAACAACCACUUCCACCACUGUAAUUGUUGAAACCUCUACCUCAACACCACAGCCCACAUCAACAGGUGAAGAAACAACAGGGCCAGUUGGCAUUACUUCCAAUCCCACGACUUCAACGACAACAACUGCGGAGGUAAUUACACCUACCACAGGUGGAACUACAAAAGUUGAAGAAACCACAACGGAGACUAUUCCAUCUACAUCCACAAAGCCACCUAAAGAAUUCACCACUGGCCCAACAACCACUUCCACCACUGUAAUUGUUGAAACCUCUACCUCAACACCACAGCCCACAUCAACAGGUGAAGAAACAACAGGGCCAGUUGGCAUUACUUCCAAUCCAACAACUUCAACAACAACAACAAAGGCACCCACCACAAAUGCAGAGGUAUUUACACCUACCACAGGUGGAACUACAACAGUUGAAGAAAGCACAACGGAGUCUAUUCCAUCUACAUCCACAACGCCACCUAAAGAAUUCACCACUGGCCCAACAACCACAUCCACCACUGUAAUUGUUGAAACCUCUACCUCAACAUCCCAGUCCACAACAACAGGUGAAGAAACAACAGGGCCAGUUGGCAUUACUUCCAAUCCCACGACUUCAACGACAACUACUGCGGAGGUAAUUACAUCUACCUCAGGUGGAACUACAACAGUUGAAGAAACCACAACGGAGACUAUUCCAUCUAUAUCCACAAAGCCACCUAAAGUUGUCACCACUGGCCCAACUACAUCUUCUACAACUUAUAUAAUUGUAACUUCAAGUUCAACAUCACAGCCUUCAACAACAAGUACAGAAACAACAGAGCCAGUUGUCAUCACAGGCACAUUAUCAACAACAACAACAGCUCCUUCAGCAUCGCCACAAGUGAUUAUUACACCUACAUCACAAGCAGUCACCACCAGCCAGUGCAUUUGCAAUGUUAAUGGGACACAGUAUCUACCAGGGAACCUAGUGUAUAAUGUGACAGAUGCUUCAGGGUGGUGCUUCACGGCUUACUGCAAAGCCACGUGCCAAGUUGAAGUGGAAUCAAAUCCAUGUCCUUCCUCUACACCACCCACUGUAUCACCCACAACGUCAGAAGAGACCACGACCACACCACCAACAACCCAAUCCUCCCCAGACUGCACUAGCGUUCAGCCACCAAGAAAGAAUGGAGAGUCUUGGCAGCUGAAUAGCUGUACCACAGCAAUUUGCCAGGACGGCAUUGUUGUCCAGCUACCAGUAAAAUGCAAGCCAGUGGAGCCACUACAGUGUGAGAAUGGUCGUCCACCUGUCAAGGUCUAUGAUUCAACUGGAUGCUGCUUUACAUAUGAAUGUGAAUGUGUAUGCAGUGGAUGGGGUGGAUCUCACUACAUGACAUUUGAUGGAGUAUAUUACAAUUUCCAGGAGAACUGCUCAUACACCUUAGUGAAAGAAAUCAACUUCAAAUACAACCUUACCAUUAUUGUUGAUAAUCACUACUGUGGAAACGCCGACAGUGGAUUCUGUCCUCAGUCCCUUAUCAUUCAUUACAAAUCCUAUGAAGUGAUUCUAACCCAGCAGAGAUCUGGUGACACAACAGAAAAUGUGGUAUAUGUCAACAGUAAACGAAUCUACCCAGCUUACAGAAUGGGUGACAUUGCUCUAACAAGUACUGGUGUGGAGGUCGUGCUGGAGAUCCCUGAUCUUAAGGUUCAGGUGUCUUACAAGGGGUCAUCAUUUAGCAUCAACCUUCCUUAUUCCCUCUUCCAAAACAGCACAGAGGGCCAGUGUGGUACCUGUGAUAAUUCCCAGAAGAAUGACUGCCAGUCACCUAAUGGUCAGAUACAGAGCUGCUCAGUCGCAGCUAGCCAGUGGCUGAUUCCAAACCAGGACUGUCCAACUCCUCCAACAGCACCACCCUCUACCACCACGGCCACCCCAAGCACAUCCCCUACCCCCUGCAAGACAGUCAUUUGUGAAAUCAUGAACAGCAAGGUCUUUGAGGAAUGCCAUAAAGCGGUUUCUCCUGAUGCCUUCAUUCAGGCCUGUAGAUCAGAUGUCUGCAACAAUGCUAUUUCUAGCUGCUCUAGUCUGGAGGCGUAUGCAUCUGAAUGUGCAAAUAAAGGGAUCUGCAUUGACUGGAGGAAGUCCACAGAUGGAGAAUGUGAGCAUACAUGCCCAGCCACUAAGGUGUACAUGCCAUGUGGCCCAGCAGUUGAACCAACAUGUAAUACAAAAUAUAAUGAGAAGUAUUUGAACAACCAAACCCAAAUGACCAAUAAGACGAAGGAGGGUUGCUUCUGUCCAUCUAAAACCGUCUUGUUCAGCACCUACUCUGAUACUUGUGUGGUCUCCUGUGGCUGCACUGGACCUGAUGGCAACCCCAAAAUGCCUGGUGAUACAUGGGAGAGUGGUUGCCAGCAGUGCACCUGUGACAUGGACUCCAUGAUUGUCCAGUGCCAGCCUAUCACCUGCCCCACACCAGUCACACCCAUCUGCAAUGAGACUGGAUACAGACUGGUGAACAAGACAGAAGGCUGCUGCCAGAAAUAUACAUGUGAGUGUGAUGCACUGCUUUGCCCCAAAGUCAUGAUGGACUGCCAACCAGGGUGGGAGGCAAUUAUAAGCACGUCCAUCUCAAGUUGCUGUCCAGAGUAUACCUGUGUUCCUAAGGGUGUAUGUGUCUACAAUAACAUUGAGUACCAGCCUGGUGCUGAAGUUCCUGAAGGAACUUGUGAGAAUUGUAUCUGCAGCUCGAUCAUGGAUCCUAGCACCAAGCUCAACAACAUUGUGUGCACAAAUAUCUCCUGUGACACUACAUGUUCACAGGGCUUCCAGUAUCAGGCCAUACCUGGUCAGUGUUGUGGGAAGUGUGUACAAACAAGCUGUGUGGUUACUAUGCCAGAUAAGACCAAACACACUAUUCAGGUGAACGAAACGUGGUCACCACCUGGUGACAAAUGUGUGAAGUACACAUGUGAGAAAACUGGUGGCCAAUAUAUACCAGGGGAGGUGAAGACUGUGUGCCCUGCAUUCAGCCCAGAGAACUGUGUCCCAGGUACAGAAAAGACAGAUGCAAAUGGAUGCUGCAAGACCUGCACAGAACGCAGCAAUGUCUGUGAGAUGAAGUACACCACCACUAGCAUUGUCAUCAGUGGCUGUGCGACCGCUGAGCCUGUGGAGAUCAAUUCCUGCUCAGGAAACUGUGGAACCUCUUCUAUGUACUCAGCAGAGGCGAACACCAUGAUGCACUACUGCUCCUGCUGCCAAGAGGCGACCACUAGCCAGAAAGAGGUGGAGCUGAUGUGCCCUGAUGGAUCAAAGGUCAAGCACUCCUACAUCCACGUUGAGUCGUGUGGAUGUCAUGUCACAGACUGUGAUGCAGGCACGACCACCGCCCCGGGGACAACGAGACCGCGCAGGAGGAGGCGCUAAACGUCUAGGGAGACAACAUGCACACUGACAUAGGAAUUAUCCUCAUGACAAGGAAUGUUUAGUCCAAAUUUGUUUUCUUGUUACGUUUUAAUUAAAUCUGUCAUGCCAGUGUAUUUCUACAAUCGGCAGCACUUAGCAUUAUGUUCUUAUACCUUCAUUGUAAAAUUAAUGUAUUUUCUAUGAUAAAUGUGGUGGAGAAUCUCUUUUCUCAUUUGUAGUAAUUAAUAAACAACAGCAGCAUCA